GCUGAGCCGGGCUUUUCCUCCUCUCCCAGGUACCUGGCAAGCGGCUCUGGAGACACCACCGUCCGUUUCUGGGACCUCAGCACGGAGACGCCACAGUUCACGGCCAAAGGUCACCGGCACUGGGUGCUCAGCAUCGCAUGGUCGCCCGACGGCAAGAAGCUGGCCUCGGGCUGUAAGAACAGCCAGAUAUUUCUCUGGGACCCAGCCACCGGCAAUCAGAUCGGCCGGGUGCUCACCGGCCACUCCAAAUGGAUCACGUGUCUGUGCUGGGAACCGCUCCACAUAAACCCGGAGUGCCGCUACCUGGCAAGUGCCUCCAAGGAUGGCAGCAUCCGCAUCUGGGACACGCUGAUGGGCAGGUGUGACAAAAUCCUCACAAGCCACACGCAGUCGGUGACAUGUGUGAAGUGGGGGGGCGAUGGCUUGCUCUACUCCUCCUCCCAGGACAGGACCAUCAAAGUCUGGAGAAGCCAGGACGGGGUCCUCUGCCGCACCUUGCAGGGCCACGCUCACUGGGUGAACACCAUGGCCCUUAGCACCGACUACGUUCUCCGCACCGGUGCCUUCGAACCUGCCGAAGCCACCAUCAACCCACAGGAUGUAAGCGGCUCCUUGUCAGAACUGAAGGACAAGGCACAGCAGAGGUAUGACCAAGUCAGGGGCCAGGAACCAGAAAGGCUCGUCUCGGGGUCAGAUGAUUUCACGCUGUUUCUUUGGAGACCAGCAGAAGACAAGAAGCCGCUGGAGAGAAUGACAGGCCACCAGGCAUUGAUUAACCAAGUCCUCUUCUCACCAGACACACGGAUAAUAGCUAGUGCUUCCUUUGACAAGUCCAUAAAGCUCUGGGAUGGUAGGACAGGAAAGUACCUGACGUCGCUGAGAGGGCACGUCUCAGCUGUGUAUCAGAUCGCCUGGUCAGCCGACAGCCGCUUGCUGGUAAGCGGGAGCAGUGACAGCACGCUGAAGGUCUGGGAUGCCAAGAUGAAGAAACUGGCCAUUGAUCUUCCUGGCCAUGCGGAUGAGGUGUAUGCAACGGAUUGGAGCCCAGAUGGACAGAGGGUAGCGAGCGGAGGGAAGGAUAAGUGUUUGCGGAUGUGA